UAUAUAUAUAUCACCAGCCCACUAAUAGUGACGAGUCGGAUAUACUCUUUUCCAGAUCUCGCGUAACGUUGCGCUCAGCUUGCCAGUAUGGACGCGGCUGACGCGUUGAAGCGUAUGCUCAAUAUAUCCUCGCCGGAAGGGGGGGGACAAUCUCCGACGACACCUCAGAGCUCCGCAGCUAUUGAUUUCACCCAUUCAGAAUGCAGCCAUACAUUACCUUUGACAGGGGGCCAUAUCUCAGUGGUUGCCUCGCCAUCGUCCGCGGCAGCUCAGCGAUCGACCUCAUCUCCCAACAACUUGGAAGUGAUGACCUUCUCACUUUACAAUACUGCGCCAGAGGUUUAUUCCGGGCGAUUGGUGGCCAUGAACGACAAUUAUGUUGCCUACGGUGUUAAAUUGCGGGCUGGGUACGGUGUUCGUAUACUGCACCGCCACACCUCGCAGCGGGGAAUGGUACGGGACCAUCUCACGCCGUUGGUAGACAUGGCGUUCAUGGGCGAUACGUCCGAUGUCCUGGCGACUAUGGACCAGACGGGGCAUGUGAUAGUCAGUGCUGUAUCGAGUGGCGACGAUGCCUCGGCGGAUCUGAUUGUGAUGCGUGGGUGCCACAUCUACGACGAGGACAACCAGCAUGUCCCGCCGCAGAAUGCCUUCAGUUCCGGCGCGCUCGCCUGGCUGUCGUGCGACGGUCAUGGCCGUCUACUGGUAGGAAGAAACGGGUCGCGUGCGUAUGUGUGCGAUGUCUCAGCUCUGCGCGAGGCUGUGGGAGAACAGCCCAUCAACAUUAGCGCAGGACUGUUCAACGGCAUCCGAUAUGUACCGAACAUCUCGAACGUGACGGCUGUGAGCCCAAAUAGCGGUGGUACUGUUGCUCUCGCAGGGGCGGAUGGCACGGUGUCCUUUAUUGACAAGACGAGUUUGGAUGUGGUUGCAAUGACAACGGCGGCUAACCUUGGCUUGGACACGGUGGACCACAUGAGUUUUCUCGACGAAAACCACGUGCUUAUCUGUGGCAAUUCCAACUCGCAUGUGGUGCUUUAUCAUCUACAACAGCAGAGAGAGCUGCAGCGCUUGUCUUUUAAAGCUCCUGGAGGGGGAAUGCCGAGCUUGUAUGUGUCGGUAGAUGCGUCCAACCAGUACAUGUUACUGUCAGACACCCACGAGGCCACUCUCUAUGUCGUCAGCUUCGCAGGUGCCGCCGAGAAGUCGUUUUCCCAAAUCCGGGAGUUCAACAGUACUCUGCCUAUGCUGAGCUUUGUGUGUGCCGCAGCUACUGUGGGAGAAACUGAGGACAUGAGUGACAACGCCGAAUACAACCAGAUGAAACAGGAAACACGUAUUGUAGUAUUCACAGCCCAAUCAAAAGCCAUGCAGCAGCUCACUCUACGUUUCCCGCCAUCCUCAACCAAUGAAAAGGCAGAGGUGGCCACGAACGCUGUUGACCAAUCAGAUAGCGAGGAAGUCGACGGAGUGUUGCAACAGACAGUGACCGCACUUACACCUGGCGCAUUCACUCAUGACGGCGGUGAUAAUACAGCUGUAGGUAGAGAUAACAGCGGUAGGGAUAUCGAUACGGUUAUUCAUGCCUCGGGAGACGGUUUGGAGUUAGAACAAAGUAUGAGCGCCACAGAGGGCAUUCCUGUGCUCACCCCCACAAAUAUCAGACAACAGAGCAAUGAAUCCACUCCCAGGCACUCACACACCCAGACACCCACUGGCACGAUCACCCCAACUCCUUUACCCGAACAACCAGUACUACCCUCACUUGAUGCACCUGGUGCACAAGGACGAGAUAGAAGUACCGAUCAUCUCGUGGUAGCCUCCAAUAGUCCCCCGCAGGUGCAUGUGGCUGCCACCCAGGACAAGGCACACGCGCACACACAGCAGCUACAAGGAGUGACACAGCCAAUUCAAAAACAAUCACAUGGUGGUAACUCCCCGUCACAAGCACACGCACGUGCACACGAACAUGUCAACGCUAUAGCCAAUGCGAAUGCAGGUGCGCAACCGCAGAUACAGAUACUUAAGAGAGGCGAGGAUGCUGGCCAAGUGACCGCUGCGGCUACUCAUUCUCCACCACCAAAGUCCGAAUCGAUACGGUUAGUGCAUACAGAUUCGCGCGUGUGUUUAUUGUGCUUAAAUAUGAUGUAUGUGAACCGCAGGAAGGCGUAA